GGCAGAUAAGAGCUCGAGAGGCGCUUUAUCGGCACCGUCAAGGUCCCAUCGACUCGGGACGUUAGAUCCGGAUAUCGCAUCGGAGCCCUCCCCGAACGCGGAACCUCGACACCGCGGCGAAAUUCAAACCUCAGUGCUGGCGUCUUAAGCGCCCGAGUGUGCGAGUCACCGUUUCUUGCUUCCUACCACCACCAUGUCCGUCUUCGCGCAGCACAACAACCCUAAGGUGCCGGCCAUCAAGAAUGAGCCGAUGCACUCGUAUGCGCCGGGGACGCCCCAGCGUGCGGCUCUCGAGGCGGCGGUGAAGGAGAUGGAGCAGCAGGCGCCCUUUGAGGUGCCCUUGGUCGUUAACGGCAAGGAGGUCAAGACGGGCAAGCUCAACAAGCAGUACAUGCCCCACGACAAGACGAAGGUCCUCUGCACCUUCCACGAAGCCGAUGAGGCGACCGUCGCGUCUGCGAUCGAGGGCGCGCUCAAGGCGAAGGCGGAGUGGGAGACAAUGCCGUGGCCGGACCGCGCUGCUAUCUUCCUGAAGGCCGCGGAUCUUGUCAGCGGGAAGUACCGCAACAAGAUCCUUGCGGCGACGAUGCUGGGUCAGGGCAAGAACGCCUGGCAAGCGGAGAUUGACGCUGCCGCGGAGCUUUGUGACUUCUUGCGCUUCGGUGUCAAGUACGUCGAGCAGCUCUACUCGCAGCAGCCUGAGGAGAACGCGCCGGGUGCUUGGAAUCGCGUCGAAUACCGCCCUCUGGAGGGUUUCGUCCUCGCGGUCUCCCCCUUCAACUUCACUGCUAUCGGUGGUAACUUGAACGGAGUACCGGUCCUCGUCGGCAAUGUCUCGCUCUGGAAGCCCUCACCUAUGGCUGUCUACGCCAACUACAUCACCCACCAGAUCUUCACCGAGGCCGGCGUCCCGCCCGGUGUCAUCCAGUUCAUCCCCGGCCCCGCGCCCGAAGUUGUCCGCCAGGCGAUCUCCAGCCCCGACUUUGCUGCGCUCCACUUCACCGGCAGCACCUUUGUCUUCAAGAGCAUCUGGAAGGACGUCGCGGCCAACCUCGACAAGUACAAGUCGUACCCACGCCUCGUCGGUGAAACCGGUGGCAAGAACUUCCACUUGGUGCACCCGUCCGCGGAGGUGAAGAACGCAGUCGUGCAGACGAUCCGUGCGGCAUUCGAGUACUCGGGGCAGAAGUGCUCCGCGCUGUCGCGGUUGUAUGUGCCGAAGUCGCUGUGGGAGGGCGGGUUCAAGGACCUGCUUCUGUCUGAGGUGGCGAAGAUCAAGGUCGGCCCGUGCACGGAGUGGACGAACCACAUGGGCCCGGUCAUUGCCCAGCCUGCGUUCGACAAGAUCACCGGCUACAUCCAGAAGGCGAAGGAUGCUGGCGGCGAGGUCCUCAUCGGCGGCUCUGGCGACGACUCGAAGGGCUACUUCAUCCAGCCGACGGUCAUCCUCACCAAGGACCCAAAGAGCGUCACUAUGGUCGAGGAGAUUUUUGGCCCCGUCAUCACGGCUUUCGUCUACGACGACGCGGACUACGAGAAGACGCUGGACCUCAUCGACACUACCUCGCAGUACGGUCUGACUGGCGCGAUCUUCGCCUCCGACCGCAAGGCUCUCAUCCAGGCGAGCAACAAGCUUCGCAACGCCGCCGGCAACGUGUACUACAACGAGAAGUGCACGGGCGCCGUGGUCGGCCAGCAACCGUUCGGUGGUGCACGCGCCAGCGGCACCAACGACAAGGCCGGCAGCAUCAGCAUCUUCUACCGCUUCGUCAGUGCGCGCAGCGUGAAGGACAACUUCGUUGGCCUCGAGGACUUCCAGUACCCGUCGAACUUGGCUUGAGGGCUGAAGCGAUGGAAUGGAAGGCAAUGUUGUAGCUCUAAAAUCAAAGGGUGUAUAUUAGGAAGCUGUACCCACAAACUAUCAUUAUAGGAUCACUAACCAGUUUUA